CCCGCCCCACUUGAUUCCUGCGUUGUUUGGGGACAGUAGGAAGAUGGCGGCGGCCCCGCUGUACUGUGUCUGCCGGCAGCCCUAUGAUGUGAGCCGGUUUAUGAUUGAAUGCGACAUUUGUAAGGACUGGUUUCAUGGCAGCUGCGUCCAAGUGGAGGAGCACCAUGCUGUGGACAUCGAUGUCUACCACUGUCCCAAUUGCGAUGUGCUGCACGGACCCUCUUUGAUGAAGAAGAGGAACAACUGGCACCGGCAUGACUACACUGAGCCAGACGACGGCUCCAAGCCUGUGCAGGCCGGCACUUCUGUGUUCGUGCAAGAGCUCCGUGCUAGAAGCUUCCCCAGCGGCGAUGAGAUCUUGGUCCGGAUGCACGGGAGUCAGGUGACCCAAAAGUACCUGGAGAAGCAGGGCUUCCAGUACCCCAUCGCGCUGAGCAAGCCGGACGGCCUGGGCCUCCGUCUGCCCCCACCCACCUUCUCCGUCAGAGACGUGGAGCAGUACGUCGGAAGCGACAAAAUCAUCGACGUCAUCGACGUGGCCCGGCAGGCGGACAGCAAAAUGAAGCUGGGCGAGUUCGUGAAGUAUUACUACAACCCCGAUCGGCCAAAGGUCCUCAACGUCAUCAGCCUGGAGUUCUCCGACACCAAGAUGGCGGAGCUGGUGGUGGUGCCGGACAUCGCGCAGAAGAUGUCCUGGGUGGAGAACUACUGGCCCGACGACUCCUUCUUCCCCAAGCCCUUCGUGCAGAAGUACUGCCUCAUGGGGGUGAAGGACAGCUACACGGACUUCCACAUAGACUUCGGGGGCACCUCUGUGUGGUACCACGUGCUCUGGGGCGAAAAGAUUUUUUACUUGAUAAAGCCGACGCCGGCGAACCUUGCACUAUACGAGGCGUGGAGCUCGUCCCCCAACCAGAGCGAGGUGUUCUUCGGGGAGAAGGUGGACAAGUGCUACAAGUGUGUGGUGCGGCAGGGAACCACCCUUCUCGUUCCCACAGGAUGGAUCCAUGCCGUUCUCACCUCUCAGGAUUGCAUGGCGUUUGGGGGCAACUUCCUUCACAACCUUAACAUAGGCAUGCAGCUCAGGUGUUAUGAGAUGGAGCGGCGACUGAAGACGCCCGACCUCUUCAAGUUCCCCUACUUCGAGGCCAUCUGCUGGUACGUGGCCAAGAACCUGCUGGAGACCCUGAAAGAACUGCGAGAAGACAGCUGCCAGCCUCCAGCCUACCUGAUGGAGGGGUUGAAAGCUUUAACUACUGCACUGAAGAGCUGGCUGAAGCGAGAGGCCACGGAACCGGCCAGCGAGGUUCCGGAUCACAUCAGGCCCAACCAUCUGAUAAAGGAGCUCACAAAGGAAAUCCGCUACCAGGAGGAGGAGCAAGGCGGCGGCGGCGGCGGCGGUGGCGGUAAGCCGGUGAAAUCUCAGGGAAGCGGAACGUGCCCCGCGACGCGGUGGACGCAGGAGCGGGGGUCCCACUCGCGGCGGACGGCCCGGAGGCUGCGGGACCACCACGCCCCCAAGACCCCCUCCAACCUGGACAUCCUGGAGCUCCACACGCGGGAGGUGCUGCGGAGGCUGGAGGUGGAGCCCUUCGAGGAGGACAUCCCCUUCAGCUCCCGGGUGAACGGGAAGUUCAACAAGGCCUCCACAGCGUCAGCGGCCGCCAUGGAGAGCAGCCUGGCCAGCAACCUGCGUCUGGUGCUGUGCAACGGCAAAAUAAUCAGAGACCAGCGGCAGCCUUCCAGAGAGAAGAGCGCGCGGACGUCGGACAGCGAGCGGGCGGCGGGCUCACAGAGGGACGCCGCCAGGACGAGGGCGGAGAGCGGCGAGCCGGGGGGGCGGGGACACCACGGCGCCGCGGACCGGGACAAGAAGCCCAGACACCUCAGCGUGUUUUUGGAAAGCAGGAAAUCGGAACUCAGGAAAGGAGGGUCGUCAGGGCACUCUGAGGCGUCUGACUCGGGGUCUGACGACAGCUGCACUACACAGCAGAAAGACUCUUCAGAGGAAGAUUCAGGGAGCUCGGAGGAAGAGGAGGAGGAUGAUGAGGAGGAGGAGGAGAAGAAGGUGGUGUCCUCACAGUGCGAGGCCCGAGGAGGCUCAGGGCGCUUGCCAGAUCAGUACCAGGCCAGUCAGAGACACCGGCACCACGGCAAACCACUCAAAAGAGAACGUCCUACCUCGCCAAGCACAGAAGAGGCUAUUCAGGGCAUGCUGUCCAUGGCAGGGCUGCUGUGUCCACAGCGGCCAGAGGAGGGCGCCACCUCUCAGGAUCCCUGGUGGUCCAGCCCGGCCCGCCGCUCGCCAAACUGUGGUGAGGAAGAGGAGAGCCGAGGAGAGUCCACCCUCAGCCAUCAGGGUGAGCUGAGGCCGCAGAUCCACCUGGAGGCGGAGCUCCACCAGAGGAUCCAGGGCAGCAAGAGCUCCAUAGACAGCCAGGGCAGCAGCGGCAGCGGCGGCAGCAGCAGCAGCAGCAGCAGCAGCGAGGCGUGGUCCAAUCACGGGCUCUCGCCGAACCGCUCCACCCCGCCACGCCGGGACACCAGCCCGGGGAUAGACUACCAGUACAGUGAGACCUCCCUGUCCCCUCCCCUGCACCCUUCCAAAAGGCCCGCCUCCAACCCCCCGCCCAUCAGCAACCAGGCCACGAAAGGCAAACGUCCCAAGAAGGGCAUGGCCACCGCCAAGCAGAGACUGGGGAAGAUCCUCAAACUGAGCCGGCACAGUCGCUUCUUUGUGUAGCGCCCUGAAAAAGAGACAGGAAGUGAAGACACUGUUGUUUCCAGCCUGAGCUGGGAAAGGAAACCCGUACCACCCCCCACCCCCCCCCCCUCCCCAUGUUGGUAUAUCGGUUUUAGCUGUGGAGAGACAAGUGCUAUGCUAUAGGAAUUACUGCCUAGACAGACCUUGAACACUAGCUCACGCUCACUGUGUAAGUUUAAGUGACAGGGUAUCAGAUUUUCACUAGCAGGUGCAUGGCUUCCCCACAUAAACUUGGGCCCACACACAAAAACACACACACACGGGCAGGCAUACACACAUGCACACACUCAGAGGCAUGUGUGUGUGCACGGGCAUACACACAUGCACACUCACUCAGAGGCAUGUGUGUGUGUGCACGGGCAUACACACACACACACACUCACUCAGAGGCAUGUGUGUGUGCACGGGCAUACACACACACACACACUCACUCAGAGGCACACAUGCACGCUCACACCGAUGGAAACACAACAGACCAGACAGAGCCCAGAACCUGAAGCCAUGGAAAUGAGCAGGGAUCAUAGAUGUUUUCGCUAGGAUAGAUUUGAUCUCGGCGGAAAUCCAGCUUCAAGCGGGGGGCGUUCCGAAUUCCGCAGAAACGCCGUAGCGGAAGCUGAUCCUGGAUCAGCCGGACGUCAUCAGCUGGCCCCGGCAUCCGACAUCACCCCCCGAGAAACAUCGUCCGGGAUUAAAUUGAACCAACCCUUUGUAUUGAUACUACAACAUUUGCAUCUUGGCCACAGGCAACUUGUAUUUCCAGAAGCUUUUUCCACCUGCUUUUUAUGACUUAGAAAUUGCCCCCCUGCCCCCUCCCCCUCAACAAAUCACUGUACCAUCAAGCAAACCUACUGCACUAACGCCAAGAAUAGCAUGUGGGGCCUGCUUGCUUAUUCAUGCUACCUGAGUGGGAUUUGGAUUUCCGGUUCUGUUCGUGGGACUGUUCGAGACUGUUCGUCUUGUGCUGGGACACCCGUCUCCAGGAAAAAAAAAAAGAAGGGUGCUAAGGUGAGGAACUGAUAUUUUAAAAUGGUGCUCAAGUUUGUAAUACCCCCUCCCCCACCCACCACCAUCACAUUCACACCAGCAAUAAUGCAGAAAGGAGGGAUGAGGCUGACACGCAGCACUCUUAAAAAGUUCCGGUCUUCCCUGCUGUCACAGGGUUUACGGUAACGGACGAGAUUUCAGGAUUUCAGGAACGCGAUGUGCGUUCCCUUCGAACGCGGUCACUUUCGGGGCUUCGCAAACGUACCUCAUUGUCACGCAUUCUGUCCGGCGAUCUCCCGCGGUCUGUCCGCACGUCCCUUUCAGUGCUCGUUCGUGUUCGCUGGGAGUCUCCUGGCUCAAUGUCUCAAUCAAGUUUUUCAGCCUGAGAGAAAGCCAUAUGCAGCUAUGUUGCCAAGCCAUAUCGCCGUGGCAUUGCUUUAAAAUGAACGGUGUGGUGUUUCAAUGGGAUAGUUCUCUGUGGUACAGGUCACAUCUUUUUUUUUUUCCUUUUCGUUUGUAAAUUUACUGUAAAAACCCAAGCUACAAAAAGUGAUGGAGCUGAAAGAGUGGAAAGAGUUUUGCUUUUACGAGGCAGAAUGACGACAGAAUAUCAAAUGAACUCCUCUGGCGCCCCCUAUCUGACAGACAGUGGAAGACAGGAGCUUUUUGGAGUGCUGCUGUGAAAAUGUUUUUAAAACAGCAAAAAAAAAAGAGGUUUACUUUGUUUAAAGCAUUAAAUGAUGUUGAAGCAUUAAAUAGUGUAUAGAGAAAUGACAGACAGAAAUCAUUUUCGGCUUAAUUUAUUUUUCUUUUUUUCCUUUUGGUGUUUGUUUCAAUGUUUAUUUUUGAUGGCUUUUGAAUGGAUGUAUUUAUUAUUAUUAAAAUAAGGUGAGCUGUAUUCUGUUUUAAUGUGAAGCCUCCACAUUUAGGGAUAGCAGUAGAAAGGGAUCAUUUUUCCUCAAGUUCUCAUAUACCCAUCCCGUUGAAAACAUGGCCUAUCUUGAUGUGAUAAUGAUCAAUCCAACAGCGAUCACUGUUGAGUAGCAUUAUAGGUCACAACAUGCUUUCUCUAGUUUUGGCUUCUAAUCUUUCUUUUGGGUGUAUUUUGUGAAUUAACACAAUUCUGAUCGUGAAUUACUGGUGUUCUUGCUUUCCUUAUGAGCCUAACAUUGCUUUUUUAUAUUUGUGUCAUGUCUGUUUAAUAUGGUUUUAAUACCUAUCCACCUGGCUGUUUUAGCAUUUAGUCUCUUGAGCAGUAUGGGUUGUGUACCACAGAUGUGUUGACCGUGAUUCCACACUUCCUCCAGACGGGACAAAGAGAAGACGGUUUGAGUUUUUUUGUAUUCUGUUUUUAACCAGAGUGGCCUGUUUUAAGAAGAGUUGGAACGUUUGUUUCCUGGUUUCUCAAGUAAUGAUGUCUAGAAGAUACGUUUGUGCUAGCACUGAGUGCUCGUGCGCUAGGUGUAUUUAUGGCUACUGAUUCGGCUAUUGAAAGAGAUGGAUCUCCACUUUAACCCAUAUCAUAUUUAUCAGUAUUUUUCCUUGGGAGCCCAGGCAUCGAACCGCAUGUUAAUCUAGAAAUGUGUAUUUUUUAAAAACGCGGUGCCAGUUCUGUCACACAGCGUGGGGUGCACCACUCAGUCAGAACUCAAGUGCGUUUUCCCUUUCCCAGUCCAUUCUACGCUGGCUUUUGAGCCCUCAGGUAACUGUAAUUGAGAAUUUGAAUUCCUGUGGCAGAAAAUGUUGGAUUUGGUCCUGGUUUUAUUAUUUUUUUUCCAGAAUUGGGAUUCCCAUGAUCUGGUGCUUUUUGGUCAGUGUUUGUAUUGAGAACUUCUUCUCAGGGACAGAUUCCGCUGUCAAAAGACCUCCGAUUUCGUCACCAGCAGCGAGCAGCGAGCCAAUAAACACUUCUCCAAUAUCCAUGUACGACCUCCAGCAACCUUUAACUCCUCAUAACAUUGUGUGCCUGUAUCAUAGACUUCACCGGCCUCGCUUCAUGUUGUAUGUUUGUCCUCGUGAUAUGAGAAACUGCAUAUAGGUAGUCUUCCUUCACUACGACAGUUUUAUGUGUGCGUGUGUGAACUCCAAGGAAAUCUCGAAUCUUCCCAAACCUACUUUUGGACGAGGAAUUGACACAUUUCGUUCUAUCCUGCUGGGUGCCAUUUGUCUUUCGAUUUUGCAGCAAAGCGCAAGAUUCUAACCGAUCUCAGAUCCAACGAUGUGCAAGGACAAAGUUGCCUGGUGCUCAAACUGCUCUUGAUCCAUGCUUUUUGACGUCUGUUGAGAUUUAAAAUGUUUUUGCGUGCCACUGCAUACGUGUAUUCAUGCGGAAAGCAAACCUCUCUCGUUUGACCUGUUGACACGUGUCUGUUGUUAAAUAUUGCGUUUCUGUACAGAGAACACAAAAGGCUAGCUUAGCGGCCUCCGAUGAUGUCAGGACAGUUAGUUAACCCAUCCCGCGGACUCACGAACCUGCUGCCUGCCGAGACGUAUUGCACUAAUUUCAUCCAGGCUUAAGCUAGUGUAGCUGUCACCUUUGAACGACACCAGACUCAAAGUCCCCCGGUUCAAAGUGUGACUUUCAGCCUGCUCGCAUGACCUGUAUUAAGCUCUCGUUAGCGCAAGGUGCUAGCUGUUUGGCCUGUUAAGCAGCCCUUGCGGGGAACUCAGUUCUAGUGCUCAAGCAUUUUGCUUCGACGCAUCCCAAGCUAAUGAGAAAAUAUGCUUGAUUUAAUUUUAUCCUAUGAGGAAAAAAUUAAAGCUACACUGAAGAGCUGAACAGGCAUUUUCUUGUUCCUUUUUUUCUUUCCACCAUUCAACCGGAUUAUCUCAUGACACUAGUUUCGUUUUCCACACGUUUGCUGGUCAUACACCUUUUGGUAAUCAUGUAACUGACCUGCAGGCGGGAUGUUUUAUAUGCAGUACUAUUAAUUGUACAGUAUUUAUUUGGCUUUGGCAUUUGUUUUUGAUCAUUGUGAAUGGAAGUAUUGAUGGUCAUGGUGUGUACUUUUCCUUUACCUUGAUUCCUUCAGUCAUUUGGAUGUUUUUAAAUGUUGUUUUUCAUAUUUGAUUUUUAAAAAACGAGAAGUGUAGAUCUUUGUUAACCAUUGCAAUGCAUCUUGAAUAUUAAUUUCUGCAUCUCAGAAUGGGCCUGUAAAUAUUAAAAUAAGAUUUCUUAGUCAAUUUUGUUUCUGGUUGUGUUGUUUCACUAGCCCUUUGGCCAGGACUCAAAAAUUGUUUGAAAUUGACUUUGUUUAAAUAAAUUUUAAAAAUUAAAUUUCCAAAAUAAAAUAAAAG